AUUCCUCCUCCUACAAACUAUUAACUUCAUUCAGAUUAUCUGUCAUUCGCUAUUUAUUUGUCUUUCUGUGUUGAUUGAAUCUCUCUGCUAUGGCCAGCAGGAGACUGGAGAAGCCCAAGCUCCCGGAUGUAAAGAUCUGCCUGUGGGAGGAUCUGAGUUUCAGUGCGAUGGACAUCAUCCAGAAGGCGUCGACCACCGAGGAGAUUAAACAGGCCCUCUGCCUGCUCCUGUGCGUCUCGCUCGAUGAGUCAGACGCCCGCGCUGCCAUCCUCCUCGACCUCUACGUCUACACCUUACAGUUCUCCAAAAGCCAAGCCUUCAGCAAGGAGCAGACAUCAGCCCUGUUCUCUAUCGUCAAGCGGCUCCACCAGGCCUGCACGGCCACUUCGCUGGGCAACGUGGAUGAAUGUUUCAACUAUUUCUUGGAGCUUGUCUUAUGUCACUCGGUGCGGAGACCACCGUUCAGCAUCGACCUGUUUAACGGCGACGAGGUCAAACUGGUGACAGAUUACAUCGUCGACACUUACUUCAGGCACUUCAAACUCUACAAGUAUAUCUUCACCCGCCAGUUCCGGUUGGACUUGGCUAUUUCGUAUGCGGGAAUUCCAGAAACUCCUCCAGCUGUCGAGGAAGAGAUACUGGUGACUGAGCAAGAGGAGGCCCCCCCUGAAGAGGCAGAACCCCCAGGCGAGUCCGGCACGCCCACCGGGUCCGACCAGGAGCUGCGCCACUACAUCGGGGCCCGCCUGGCCGAGCAGGUGUCUGAUCUGAGGAUGGCGAUGGAGGGCCAGGUGCGUGAGGGCGAGCAGCGGCUGAACCAGAGGCUGGCAGCGUUGGAGGCACUGACUUCCACCAGGAGCGAGGGCAGGUUGCCCAGGGCGAGGAGGAAGUGAGCGCCACAGAGUCCCAAUAAAAUCGUUCACCACGAUC